AUGGUAGAAAGGGGUUUUGAAUUAGCAUCCAGGUGUUGCAUUUGUGAAGAAGAACAAAACAAUAUGCAUCAUUUGUUAUGGGACUGUAAGUUCAGUAAGCAGAUUUGGCAUUGGAUUUGCUCUGUAUUCAACUUUGCAAUUCCAAAAUCCUUUGAAGAUGUGUGGAGCAGUGCAAAAAAUAAAAGUCCUUUCAUUAAAGAAUGCUGGAUCAUAGCAGCCUGUGCAAUUUUAAAAGAACUUUGGUUCCAGAGAAACAAGUUGUGGUUUGAACAGAUAAAUCCAAAUAUUCCAAGAUUUAAGGCAAGAAUCAAAAAAACAAUUUAUGAAGGGAGCCUCAGAAUGAAAAGCAACAAUUGGAAUUCUGACAUUGAUAAUCAGGUAAUCCUGUACUUUAAACUUGAACCAAGAAAAAUCAAAUUUCAAAAUAUUAAAACUUGUUUCUGGAGUCCACCUUGUCCUGGGUUUAUCAUGUUCUGCUGUGAUGGUGCUUCAAUUGGGAACCCAGGCCUUGCUGGUUUUGGUGUAGUGAUUAGAGAUCAUUUGAGUCAAGUAUUGAGAGUUAUAACUGGUGGAAUUGGUAUUGCUACAAAUUACUUAGCAGAAGUAUAUGUAGUCAUAAGUGUAGUGGAGUUGGCAGUUGAAUGGGAGGUGCAUAAUGUAAUACUUAAUUCAGACUCCAAAACAGUCAUAACUGAAUUUGAAAACAAUCAGAUGCCCUGGUUUGUGAAAAUGAGAUGGCAGAAGGCAAUAAGACACAUUCAAUCUAUCAUAUUCUUACACAGCUACAUGGAAACAAACUUUGCAGCAGACACAACAACAAAGAAAGGUGCUAGAUUGGCAGCAGGGCAAAGACAAGCAUAUUAUGGAAGACCUAACAUUCUAGCAAGAGUAAAGCAACCAAAUGUGGAAUAUUAUAGAAUCUGUUAA